CAUCUCCAUCUUCUGUUUACAAGUUUCUUUUGGUAUUCAAUUCAAUAACUUAACAUAUUAAAACAAGUUGCUUUAAAUUUAUCAUUGGUAUGGCGGAUCAAGAUAUGGAAUUGAUUGAUGCUAACAAUCAUCCUUCUGGAAUUGUUCCUAUGAUACAGAACAUCGUGUCGACUGUCAACUUGGAUUGCAAAUUGAAUCUUAAAGAAAUAGCAAUGAAAGCACGUAAUGCAGAGUAUAAUCCCAAACGUUUUUCAGCAGUUACUAUAAGAUUGAAAUACCCCAAGACAACUGGGCUGAUUUUCGAAAGUGGAAAAAUUGUUUGUACUGGUGCCAAAACUGAAGCAGAAUCAAAAUUAGCAGCAAGAAAGUAUGCUCGCAUGGUGCAGAAACUUGGGUUUCCUGCGAAAUUCAAGAACUUCAAGAUUCAGAACAUUGUUACUUCCUGCGAUGUCAACUUUCUUGUUAAGCUCGACGCCUUUCAAUUUUCUAAUGGUGGCAGAUUUUCCAACGAUCCUCAAGUUUUCCCUAAUCGUAUGGUGUUCAAGAUGAAACAGCCAGAGAUUACAAUACUUAUCUUUGUUUCAGGAAAAAUAGUUAUUACAGGGGCUAAGGAAAGAGGUGAUGCAUAUAAUGCAUUUGAGCAUAUAUACCCACUUCUUACACAGUGCAAAAAAGUGGUUCACAAGAUGUAGAUUUCUAGGCCUGAUGGUGUCUGAAGAUUAUUGGUUUUUAUCAGUUGUGCAUCUCGCAAACACUUGGUCUCUCACGAGAGUAAAAGGUACUGGAAGACUAUAAGCAGUAAUUGUCAGCAACAAAACCGAAGCAAUCUUUGAUGUUAUUGAAGAAGAAUAAUUCCUUGUAAUCUUUAAUUUUUCGUUUGUGCUGCUCAUGAUGGCACUUGGUUUUUCUUUUUGUAGCAAUUUAAUUUUUCUUUUCAAUACAACAUGUGCA